AUGGCUACUUCUUUUAACCUUCCACAACUCAUUGUAUCGCGAGUUAUCCUCGGUCUGGGAACUGGAGGACAGCUAGCCACUGUACCAAUUUGGCAAUCUGAAAUAUCACCGACUACCAAGCGCGGCGCUCAUGUUGGGACUACAGGUGUCUUCGUUUCUAUGGGCCUUACGUUAGCACUGCUCGUGGAUCUUGGCAUGUCGUAUGCCCCAAACAGCGCGAGCUGGCGUCUUCCAGUUGCAUUGCCAAUUAUAUUCUGCUUGGUGGUGAUGAUAUUCACUUCUCACCUGCCCGAGUCACCGCGUUGGUUGCUUCGCCAGGGCCAAGUCUCUGCAGCCCGUGAAGUAUUAGCAGCUCUAAAAGACACCGAAAUCGACGAUGAAGUUGUGGAAAAGGAGAUUUUGGAUGUGGAGUCUUCAUUGGCUAUCGCCGGGAAAGGGUCUCUGGGUCAAGUCUUUCAGAUGGGACAUCAGAGAAUCUUUCAUCGUGCGUCGCUCGCAGUAGGAGGCUUGGUGUUGUUACAAUUGACAGGCGUGAACUCUAUCACGCUCUACAGUACGACUAUUUUUGAAACACACCUGCACCUCGACUCAACUACUUCAAGAAUUUUGGCAGCAAUCUAUCAACUCUCCGGCGUUUUCGGUGGCAUACUCUGCAUCUUUACCAUCGAAGGAUUCGGCCGCCGUUGUUUGAUGAUAUCAAGCGCAUUGCUCAAUACAAUCUUCAUGGUACUGGUGGCUGGGCUCAGUUCUCAGUCUACAAACAAGACUGCCAUGUACGCAGCGGUGGUCUUCAUGUUCCUCUUCCAUUUCAGCAUGGUUGCUGGGGUCGGUGGAAUUCCGUUUCUCUAUGCAUCUGAGAUGGCACCACUCAGUCUGCGUACGACGAUCAAUGGUAUCGGCUCUGGUAUAUGGUGGGGUCUGAGUGUUUUGAUUGCCGAAGUCACACCGAUCGCUUUCAACGCCAUUGGAUGGAAAUAUUUCGUUAUAUUUGCUUGUUUGAACGUUGCCAUGAUACCGAUCAUUUAUCUCUUCUUCCCCGAAACCGCGGGGCUGUCGUUGGAAGAUAUAGAUGAGGUGUUUAUCAUGUCUACUGGGUGCUUCGACCCUGUUAGCGUGGCUAAGCGCUUGCCCAGCAAAUCCAAUGCCCAAUCACAGGGUGAUCAACCCUCAGAGUCUAAGGAGAAUGGUGGAAUCAAAGCCUGA